AAGAUUAAAGAGAACAAUGUGAACAAUCGUUUUAUAUUAUUUUUCCCAUAUCGAUAAUAACGUUCUUACUUUUAUUAAGUUAAAAGUGCAACAAAAAUAUCACCUGAUCGCGCGUUUUUCUGUUUAUAAGAUAAAUAUAUAUAUAUAUAAAGAAAUAUAUAUGUAAUCGAAUAUUAACGAGAAACAUUUCGAUCUAUUUUAUUUUGAAUCUAUCUUAAUAAGAUAGAUAUCUUACUAUCUGAUCGAUAGUAGAUCGAUCGAUCGAUCAUCGAUCGGUAGAGAAAAAAAAGAUCAAAGGUGAUAUAAACGCGAUUGACGAGUGCUCGAGAAUGAGGACGAUUUCGUAUCUUCGUCUUCGUAACACUAACGACGAUUUUGGUGAAUAAGUUAUCGCGAUUUUUGUACUCUGACAUAAAUCAUGUGGAAACUUUGGAUCGUUCUGCUCUGUGCGACAGGGAUAUCCUCGACCUUGGUAGAUCCUCACAGUUUCGGUAUAACCAUUCCACCAAAAAGUCAAGAUAAACCAAAUCGACAACAUGAACGGAUCAAACGAUUCGCCUGCCCAAUAGGAUUUUUUCGAUUGAAAAGAUUUUGCUAUUACUUGAGCGCGGGUACAGCACCCUGGAGAGAAGCGUACUUUCAUUGCAAGGACAGAAAUGCAACUUUAGCGGUACUAGACAGAAAUGGAAAGGAUAGAAUGUUAAGGAAAUACCUGAUGGGUGAUCAAUUUACAAAAUUGGAACGAUGGAUAGGUGGAAUUUAUAACUGGCAACAGAUGGCUUGGGAGUGGGGUGUUACCGGCGAGAAAAUGGUUUUUCAGAGCUUUGGUAAAAUAAAUCCCGGCAAGUCUGAACAAUACGCCUGGCAUUGCAUUGUAUUGGAUCCCUCUUUGAAAUAUAAAUGGAACGCCAAAAGUUGUGUGCAACGGAAGCAUUAUAUUUGUGAAGUACCAGCCGGGAGAAUAGCCAGAAGACGUAAAAAGACGGCCGAUCCUUUCGCACCGCAAAACCAAAGAGUAAAGCCUCGUAAACAAGGAAAAAAAUAUCCCGGCGAGUUUCAGAGGCAAAAUAAUAAACGAAAAAAAGGACGGGCUGAUUGGAACAGAGAUUGGACCGAACAAAACGUGAAUCAACAAUGGGCGCAUGGUGUGAAUCCUGGCUCGAGGCCACCUAUCAAGCAGAGAAGUAUGAAAGAAAAAAUGCGACAUCAUUCUAACAGGACGAUUUCGAGUGCGACGGCACCGAAUGUCGCACAAAUUUUAUCUCAAAAGCAAGAAUACGGUGCUUUUUUGGGAGAUGGACCGAGCAACGCUGGGCAUAAUCAGCCCCAAACAUUAUCGAAUGUAAACGACGUAUUAUCUCAAUUCCAAGCGAAAAUCAAUGAUUUCGCACGAGAGGAGGUUUUGCUUAAACUUUGAAAAAUGUAAUCCUAUUUACACCACCGAGUCAUCAGCUUCUCCUAAUGCCAUUUUUUUCUUCUUUUCUCUCUUCCUCUCUCUCUUUCUCUCCCUCUCUUUCUCUGUUUCUCUUCUAUCUUUUUAGUAACAAAUUUUGCCCCCUUUUUUCUUUUUUUUAGAUUAGGAAAAAGAAAUUUGAGAAAUCUCUCGAGGCUACAGACUGAGAUAAUUUAUUUAAUUGAAAAUGAAAAGCCGAUUCCUUCAUAGUUCCUUUUCUCUCCUUCUCUUUCUCUAUCUUUCUGAAUUUUAUUAAUAGUUAAAUCGAACGUUGCGAUAAACGAUUUAAUUGUAGACAACGAUAUAAGAAAAAGAAAAAUUACAUAUAAAUAUACAUAUAUACAAUUACA